GUGCCUCUGCCAUGGCAGAUCUCGCUGCAGUACAAGAGCUUUGGAUCUUGGUACCACACCUGCGGCGGGACCCUCAUUGCUCCCCAGUGGGUGCUGACGGCCGCCCACUGCAUCAGGUUGGUGUCAGGGUGCUGGGCGAGGUCUGUGCCAUGGAAGUAAGGCAUUUGUGGGGACUGACACCCUGCUUUUUUUCCCCCCUGGCAGCUCUUCCAUGACAUACCGUGUGCUGCUGGGCAAGCAGGACCUGUCAGAGGACGACGAGCCCGGCUCGGUGGCCGUGGGCGUGGAGAAGACGAUCGUCCAUGAGAAGUGGAACUCCUACCUCAUCAUCAACGACAUCGCCCUGAUCAAGCUGGAAGAGGCAGUCCAGGAGAGCGAUACCAUCCGGGCCGCCUGCCUGCCUGAGGCCGGCAAGAUCCUGCCCAACGACUACCCCUGCUACGUCACCGGCUGGGGACGCAUCAGGAGUAAGCAGGGGGGGGUCCCCAGAGGGUCCCAGGGGAGGGGGUGCUGGCACAGCCUUCUUGAGGUACGAGCUUUGCAUGUCAUUGCAGCCAACGGGCCCCUGGCCGACGUCCUGCAGCAGGCCCUGCUGCCUGUGGUGGACUACGAGACCUGCUCGCAGAGGGACUGGUGGGGCAACAACGUGCUCACCACCAUGGUUUGUGCCGGCGGUGACGGCGUCACCUCUGGCUGCAACGGCGAUUCCGGCGGCCCCCUGAACUGCCAGCGCGAGGACGGGAUCUGGGAGGUGGAAGGGAUCGUCAGCUUCGGCUCCGGGCUGAGCUGCAACCUGAUCAGGAAGCCAACGGUGUUCACCCGCGUGUCUGCCUACAUCGACUGGAUCAACGAGAAAAUGAGCUCCAACUGAGGACUUGGCACGUGGAGAUACGAGUGUUGAGUGUGAUAAAGACAAAAGUGC